GCGGGAUGCGGUGCGCGGGGCUGCUGCGGCUGCUGCGGCUGCUGCUGGCGGCCCAGGCGGCGGCGGCGUUCGAGCCCAUCAGCGUGGGCAUCGCCAUCGGGGCCGUGUCGGCCCUCACCGGCUACCUGUCCUACACGGACUUCUACUGCCGCUUCGCCGAGUGCUGCCGCGAGGAGCAGCCGCUCAACGCCACGGCCCUGCAGCGGGACUUGGAGAAGCUGUUCGGACAGCAUCUGGCCACAGAAGUGAUUCUGAAGGCGCUGACCGGCUUCAAGAACAACAGAAACCCCAAGAAGCCGCUGACCCUGUCCCUGCACGGCUGGGCCGGCACCGGCAAGAACUUUGUCAGCCAGAUCGUGGCUGAGAAUCUUCACCCCCGAGGCCUCAAGAGCAACUUUGUGCACCUGUUCGUGUCCACGCUGCACUUCCCUCACGAGCACAAGAUAAAGCUGUACCAGGAAGUGGGUGAACCCAGGCCCGUCCGCAGGAUUGAGAGGAGCUGACUUCCUGUGAAGUUUAAACCCCCUGCACCGGGGUUCCCCGCUCACUCCUGUCAUCUCUCAGUUCAAGGGGCCCAAGUCGCAGGACACUGGCUUUGUAGGGCUGGUUCUCAGUUUCCACUCCAUCCCGCAGUGCUUCGAAAUGGGACCCCUGUGUCUCCAGCGAGGGUCUGCAAGGUGCAGUCUUUGCGUGAUCGAUAGGCCGACUCUCUGGCUGCUAGGGGUGGGACGGCAGGCCAGCUCCGGCUCAACGCCAAGAACUGCCUUGGAGACCCGGGAUGUGCUGAAGAGGAGCCCAGUGGAACUACUGGCAUCCUCUAUCAGAGCGCAGGUUCAAGUCCCGGCUGCUCCACUUCCGGUCCAGCUCCCUGCUAAUGCACUUGAGAAAGCAGCAGAAGAUGACCCAAGUGCUUGGGCCCCUGCUGCCUGCGUGGGAGACCCAGAUGGAGUUCCAGGGUCCUGGCUUCAGCCUGGCCAGCCCCAGCUGCUGUGGGCAUCUGGGGAGUGAACCUUGUCAGUCAGGCACAGCAGUGUGUCUAAGACAAGGAGUGAGGGCCAGUGCUGUGGCGUAAUGGGCUAGGCUGCUGCCUGCAGUGCUGGCAUCCCAUAUGGGCGUGGUUUGAGUCCCGGCUGCUCUGUUUCUCAUCCAACUCCUUGCUGAUAAUGUCUGGGAAAACAGUGUUGGGUGACCCAAGUCCUUGGGCCUUUGCACCCACAUGAGAGGCCAGAUGAAGCUCCUGGCUUCAGCCUGGCCAAGUCCUGGCCAUUGCAACCAUCUAGGGAGUGAAGCAGCGCAUGGAAGAGUCCACAUUCCAGCAGCUGCCUGGUCCUGCGUGGCACCGAUGCCUGGGCUUGAGCUCCGUGGCACUGGACGGGGACACCAGUGCCGCCAGGUGAGGGGCUGCAGCGGUCCCAGCGGCCUCGGCCCUUGUGUUAGACUUCACCCGGAUCCUGCUGGCUAGGCGCCGCUUCGAGCCCCAGCUCCCAAGGCCUGCAGUGGAACACAGCCGCGAAUCACGUGCAGCGCUGUAAAGCCGUGGCCGCCGGCACGGGUGAGCGCUGUUCUCAGCUGAGCCCUCCCAGGUUCUGCUCCAACAGAGACGAGCGAAAAAUGAGUUAAGACUUAAACAGCGUGGCAAGUGACCCCACCACGUUUUAGAAGCCGGGAGAGAGCAGAGGGCGUUGCUCGCUGGGGGAGCUCAGGAAGCAGGUGCCAAGCUGCCUGCACCUUGCUUUCCACUCUGGCUCCACACACGGCGGCUCAGGUGCCACGCGGGACGCUUACAUCCGGUACCAGACUGCCCAGGACCGAGUCCCGGUUUUGCUCCCGACUCCAGCCUCCUGUGACGCAGACCCCAGGGAGCAGCAGUGGCUGCUGGGCCCCUGCCACCAGGUAGGAGACCCACAUUGUGUCCUGGCUCUGGCAUCUUUGGCCUGGCCCAGCCCUGGCUGUUGCAGGCAUUUGGUCUGUGAGGCAGUGGAUGGGAGAUUCUGUAUCUGCCUUUGCAAUAAAUAAAUGCUCAGGUUCUGAGUAGUCACAUGGUCCCAAGCCUGUCUGGUGCCCGAGUGACCCCCUGAAGUACCUUCCUUCUACCCAAACAUUCACUACUCCCCAUGGUAGAAUGAGAAGGCCAUGCCAAGAUGGCCGCUGGCAAGGGAGCGCCAGUUACUCAGGAAUGGCUUCGGAAACUCCCUGGGAACCCACCUGGCAACAGAGCCUGCCUGGCAACAGGCUGUGAUUGGUUAGGGCAUAGACCGCCCCUUGACCAGAUUGGCUGCCUUGGCUAUAUAAGCUGCUGUACCCACAGAAAUAAACGAGUCUGCGGGCUGCUGCCUCUGGCCUGCUUUCACCAACUCCCGGGGUCUGUGCGGUGACUCCGCCCCCACCGCGCGCCUCCUCUCAGAACAAAUCCGCAGCAACAACUCCCACCAGCAUUGGCUGUGGUCGCCCUGGGAUGGAACUGGCCCCUGCUGAGCCUCUGUCUCCUAUCAUGCUGUCCCACAGGACAAACGCCAUGGGCUGUGCUGUGUCACGAUGUACAUGACAAUGACAGGAACUUAGGACACAUGGCUGCUGUGGUGGUGCAGUGGGUUCCCCUGCCUAUGACACCAGCAUCUCUCGUGGUCACUGGUUUAAAUCCUGGCUGCUAAGGGCCGGUGCUAUGGUGUAGUACACUAAGCCUCUGCCUGUGGCGCCAGCAUUCCAAAUGGGCGCCGGUUUGAGUCCCGGCUGCUCCUCUUCCGAUCCAGCUCUCCGCUAUGGCCUGGGAAAGCAGGCACCUGUGUGGGUGACCCGGAAGAAGCUCCUGGCUCCUGAUUGGCCCAGCUCCAGGUGGGGAGCAAACCAGCAGAUGGAAGACCUCUCUCUCUCUCACCCCCUCAAAUAAAAUAUUUUUAAAAAUAAAUAAAUAUGGGCCGGCGCCAUGGCUUACUUGGUUAAUCCUCUGCCUGUGGUGCCGGCAUCCCGUAUGGGCACCGGGUUCUGAUCCUGGUUGCUCCUCUUCCAGUCCAGUUCUCUGCUGUGGCUCGGGAAGGCAGUGGAGGAUGGCCCAAGUGCUCCCAUAUGGGAGACCAGGAGGAAGUGCCUGGCUCCUGGCUCGAAUUGGCGCAGCGCCGACCGUAGCAGCCAUUGGGGGGGGGUGAACCAACAGAAGGAAGACCUCUCUCUCUCUCUCUGUCUCUCUCUGUCUGUAACUGUCAAAUAAAUAGAUAAAUCAAUCCUAGCUGUCCCACUUCUGACCCAGCUCCCUGUCAAUACACCUGGGAACGUAGCAGAGGGUGGUCCAGGUUCUCGGGCCUCUGCACGCACGUGAAGACCUGGAUGGAGUUCCAGGUUCCUGGCUUUGACCUGGCCCAGCCCCAGCCAUUGUGACCAUUUGGCGAGUGAACCAGCAGAUGGGAGAUCUCCCUGCCUCUGUCUCUCUCUCUGUAACUCCGUCUUUCAAAUAAAUUAAUUAAAAAAAAA